AAGGGAAGAGGACAAAGAUGGGGCUAGAUGAAGUGUAGGGAGAAAAUGGUCUGAGCUGCAGGUGUGGGAGCUAAAUUUCUGGCUUCAGUUCCCACACGGUAAGAUGCGUCUGAUUUAAAGCCAAAAGUUAACACAUUAUGACAGUUUCUAAUUAUGGGAGUUUUUUUUUUAAGGCUGCUCCAGUGAAUCUGAUUUCUUUGCUUUUCCUCAUAACCUGCAAUUUCAGAGGAAAUAAAAAAAGGGGCAGUAUAAUCAGCUGAAGAGCACAAAUCCCAUGCAUCUCAGAUCCCUCAUCCCGCCCACCAAAAACAAGCCUUCCAUUCUUGUAUAUUUUCCCCUCAUUCACUCCAGUGAGACGCCUGUGAGGAGGACGCGCUUUCACUCUGUUUGGACAAGAACCCAACACUUGGGGGGAAAAACGGACUCAUUUGAAAACAACUCAAUCUAGGAACAGGAUUUCCAUUUCCUUUUCUUCUUAAAUACUUUUCUAAAGAUCAGACAGCUUGGCCGUGAAGUUGUGACAGCUUUAAAAAAAAAAGAAAAGAGGGAGAGAAAGAGAUUUGCCCUGAGGGCUUUGAAAGAAGAAACAGGAGCCAGAUAAAAAAGGGCAGCGAUAAUCUGCACAGCUGCUGCGUGAAGGGAAGGAGCAACAGACAGAUAAAGAAAGAAAACGAGGUGAACAAGGACAAGAGGAGACAGACGAGGACAAUCGGAGGCCGAGGAGAAAGGGACCAUUCAAGUUGAAGGCCGCCGUAGAUAUAAAUACAAAGUGAAGACAAAAUCCAGAGGGACACCUGUCGUCAUAACAGCAGCAAUGGAGAAGCAGCACGGCGAGAGGAGAAGCCGGGUCUGAGCGGAGACCACCUCCGAGCUGUGCUUGACUGAAGUAAGAGGAGAAGGUUUCUUCACCAUGAUUUAUUCAGGUGUUUUCCACAAAUCCAACGAGCUGCACGGGAGAAGCAACUUUGUCCCAGGAUAGAAGGAGAAGAGGAGCCUAAUCUGUCAUAACAUUCCUGUUCCUCUCCCUCCUCUCCACCUCAGACUCCUUCACCUUCCUGUCUUCACGUUAAGUUCACCAACUUCCUCCCUCUCCCCCUCUCCAUCCCCUCACUAUGUGGAUACCAGCUGUGCUCUUAUGGAUGCUUAACUUCAGCUAUUUGUGCUCAGGACAAGACUACAUGAACUAUUAUCAGAGUCCAGACAGGGGCACAGAGGCUCCAUCAAAGACCGAUGACCAGUCUAAUUUGGAGAUAACAAACAUGGACCAGCUCCUGCAGUUCUUCUACCCUGAAUACAGCGUGAUCCAGCAGUGCAUGAGGAAAAGAUCAUGGCACUCCUCAUCCUCCUCUUUCCCUUCCACCUCUUUUUCAACCUCUUCGGAGAGCCCUUUAGCCCGCCCUGGCGACGACGACUUGUGGGUCCCAUUGCGGGCAGAGCCUCUUUACAAAGAUGAUGGAAAUAUAGCAGAAAUUCUGGAGGAGCUAAAGAGGAUACAAUGCCAGCCAAGGGAGGUGUGUGUUGAGGUGGCCAAAGAGUACCCAGAAUCCACGGGUCAGUUACAUGUCCCUCGCUGCGUGGCGCUGCAUCGCUGUGGCGGAUGCUGCGGGAACGAGGCUUUCUACUGCACCAAUACCAGCUACAGUCUGGUUAAUAAGACGCUGAUGGAGCUGUCUCCCCCCAGGAUGGACCAAACGGUCGUCAUGGUUACGUUUGUCAACCACACCACGUGCACUUGCCUCUCCAAGCGGCCGCUCCACUCCAUCAUAAGACGAGCAGCGACAGAUUAUCUGUGUUCCCCUCCUGAACUCCCCUGUGCCUUAGGAUCAUUGUGGGAUCCGGUGAACUGCGGGUGCAUCUCUGCCGACACGAUGAGCUACACUCAGAAACAUACAGCGCUGGACUCAGGUCUGCUGGCUCUCUGCGGGCCCAACAGGGUUCUGGAAGAAUCCACCUGUGACUGCGUCUGUCAAAACGGACUCACUGAAGCCAGCUGUGAUCCAGGCCGGAAACUGGAUCAAAACACCUGUGAAUGCCAGUGCGAAGGGCAAGGCGAUGGGAAGCUGUGUCCUGCAAGGCAGCGGUGGGACGACGAGCUGUGCGGUUGCGUGUGCGCCAUGGACUGUCCCAGGAGUCAGCCUCUGAAUCCCGACACGUGCCUGUGUGAAUGCAGAGAGAGUCCAAACACGUGUCUACGGCAGGGCAAGAGGUUCGACCCCAACACCUGCAGUUGCUACAGGCUUCCAUGCAGAAACCCCAGACGGGAAUGCAAGGUUGGAUUUUACUACAGCAGCCAGGUCUGUCAGUGCAUCCCCAAUUACAUGAAGUGGAAUUACCAAACGGGGAAAUGAGGAAGAGGAGGAGGAUUCUGGGAAUUACUGACCUUAGAUAGACUACUUCCCUGUCUGAAUGACUCCCUGCAGGAGAGCAUGAAGUGGAUCUACAAACAGAGACAUGCCGUCAGCAAUAGGAGCAGCGUGUGUGAGUCCUGCUGCCUGUGCUGAGUCACUUUUCCAAAGAACCAUUUCAAAUGGUGUUCUGAGACUUUCCCAGGAUAUAAAGCUGGCAAAAAGCCACUCAUCUUUGGUAAAACUCUUACAUAAGAAGAAAAUAAGAGGAAAGAAGGAUCUAUAUAUCUGAUCCUUAGUUAACAGUCCAUUUUGUGUGCCUUCUUUCUAUUUCAACGUCUGGGAAAACCCCAAGAAACUGACUGGUGGGAUAGAUUGAGCCGACCUGGGACGGGCAUUCAUCUUGCUGUAACGUGUUUCAGCAAGAAGAAUGCCAACCACCUACCUGCUGAGGAGCUGCAGCUCAUGCUUCUUUGAAAUGGAAUGUGAAUAAGAUAAUAACAGACCAUGCUUUUCUUCCACAAUAAAUGCCAAAAAUAAAAUAAAAAAUUCAGGCAAGUUCCCAUAUUGGCUUGAAGGAAAAUCAGGUACAGUUCAUCUCCAAAGUGUGCACAGCCUCCAUUACAAUGACGGGUUUAUCUGAAGUAAAAAUAAAAUGAAACCACUAUAGAUAAAUCAAUGCAGAUAUUACUGCAAUUUGUGCAAACAGGCUGUUGGACAUUUUUAACCUUUAAUAGAUUAGCUUGAUUUCAGUUUGAUUGUACAAUAUGUCUGCUUCAGUAAAGGAAGAAACAGUUCAGAUUUCUUUUUUUUAUAAUAAAGUGGUCCUUUUACCAGGGACCUGUACACUUUUAGGAUUUUAUUUAUCACGUGUCAUUCCAUUCCUCCCAUUUUAGACACAUUGUCCGUAUCCAUUUGCAACCCU